AUGGCGACUACAUUUGAUCAAGAACUACGAAAGGUAAAUGCAUCUAUAUUCUCAUUUUUGACCAUAACCCUAUAAGUAACAUUUUAGGAAAAUAGGUGGAUUCAAAAGUUCCACAAAUCCUUAAAAUUAUCGUUUAUGGUGGGGGGCAAAUGUUAUUAUUCCUUAAGUCUCUCGGUUUCUUCUCUCAUAAGAGAAAACUUCAUAUUGAGCAUUCAUUCCCUAUUAACGGUAUUUCAAUUGAUCUGUAGGCCUUCCAAGAACUCCAAGAAAAAAUGAUUGAGACCACGCAACGUGUCAAGGUGGCAGAAGGUCAAAUUUUGCAACUUCGAAGGAACAUGGCUCAUUCCAAAUUAACGGACCAAGAAUUAGCUUCAUUACCCUCUCAUACACCCACUUAUGAAGCAGUAGGAAGAAUGUAAGUUUUAUCGUGGCUGUUUUCAUGAUGUUAGGAUUUUAAACAAAAUCAAAAAGAUUUACUGUAUUUGUAUUACUUCUCACUGCACGUAGCAGUGUUAAAAAAAGCUGUUGUCUCCAUCUUCAUGCGCACAUAUAUGGAAAUUGUGAAGACAGGGAAUUCUUUCCAUUUUAGCAUAAUUUUAACACUUAAACAGCAUUUUGAGCACCAUAAUAGGUGGUUCUGAAUACAAUGACCAAUAAGUUGUCAAACUCAAUGUUUAGUUUCUUAGGGGCUCUUAACAUCUUCCUCUGUUAUAAACAGAGAUUGGGUGCUGUAUUUGGCCUUCGUUUUGUCACCCCCAUCAGAAAGGGUAUGAAUGCCUCAUCACUUUCAGAUGUCACUGUGAAUCUCCUUUCUCUCUGGUAACCUCAUGGGUUUCCAAAUUUAAUUUAUUGACAACUUUUGACAGGUUUGUUCUCCAGCCCGUAUCAGAUAUCAGAAAGGACCUUGCUCAGAAACUCCAAAGCAAUGAAGAGAAGAUCAAAAGCAUUGAGGUAAAGUACAUCUUCGCUGGCAUACUUUUUAGUGUCUUCUCAAUAUGAACUCCUUUCACUCCCAGGAGCAACCAACAAGGAAUUUCUCAUUACAAUAUGUAUACAUUUGUUGAGCAGGAAGGUAAUAAGGAAAUCAAAAAGGAGACUUUAAUUGAUUUAACAUCAGAAUUAAAAUCAAAAGAAACAUAUGGGGUACAGUAGAAAGAAUUUGUAUGUAGAUCUCUGGAGUGAAAGGGUGAAGUUGCACAUGUUUGGUGCAAAAAUGUAAAAUAUUUUUAUAGUAAAGAACAGAAUUUAAUAUGGUGGACUUGUCAGUUAAAAGUUUAUUACUAACUAAGUAUCACAUGUGGGUUGAAUCUUUUGUCAGUUCUCCUUGUUCCAUGUUCUUUAAUUAUAUUCUCCACAAAAUCUCAGUUCAAUGUGGGAACUGUGGACAAAAAAACACUGCUAGAAAUAAUAUUCAUUAACUCUUGACACUCUAUCUUCAAUAAUGAUUUUCUCCACACUGUUCUCCAUACAUUUCCAAAGGUGCUGACCAGGAGAAUUUGUUUGAUAAUCAAAAGCUUCUUAGGUUACUCUGUGAUUAUCUCCUCUAUUCUCAUGACCUUCAUUUGUGAUUCAGGAGUGGUUUUGUAUGGAGAUAUUAGAUGCUAGUUACUCUUAUGGGUUGAGGGGUUAAGGGAUAGCAUUUAAUAAACAUGAAGAAACUUGAGGCAGGGAGGAGGCAUGUAUUCCCAGUUGGCAUCAGCAAGUUGUUAAAUUUGCAAUAUUAUCUAUUUGGAUCUUGGCCUUUACACCCUGUACUUAAUAAUGAAAAUUCUCUUGUGGUUCUUACUCUGUACAAGAACAGUUGCACUUGCAUGACACUGCUGUGAUUUACAAAUUUCUGAUGGGUCUGGCACCCAGCUAUUUAAGUUCAAAGCUCACAGCGCACUCAGAAAUCCACGAGCACUACACUAGAAAUAGAGAUCAAGUUAGCCUUCCCAAAUGUCACGCAGUGACUGCUCAGCAUUCAUUCUUCUACAGAGCAGUAGAAUCAUGGAACAGUCUAACUGGUCAGACAAGAGACUCUCCAUCUAUUCCAUUUUUCAAGAAGAAAGCUGAAGUUGAAAUUAGUUGCACUUAGUGUUUAGAUAGUCAAUAAUACAUCUGCUUGUUUGCAAAAUUGCAAAACACUAUCACUGAUGUUAAUAUAUUUUUAUAUAUAUUUUUUAUAUUUUUUACUAUUCUUACCUAGUAAAUUGAUUCUGAAAAACCCUAAUGGGACUGAUCAAUAAAAUGUAUUCCAUACUGCAUCUGUAUACUAACCUGUAGUUUUUCCCUAUUUCUCUACAGGCUAAUAAAGAAUAUCUUCAAAGAAGUGUCAAAGAACAUGAAGAUAAUAUUAGAGAAAUGCUUGCUAGCAGACCAAAAUAGCCUUGCUAACAUCCUGAUAUUUAAUUUUUUAUCUCAGACUUACCUUACCUUGAGCUUGAGUCAAGAGGGGUGCCUGGGUUUUUUGUCCCUUGCCCUGCCAACUUUUCUUUCUUCUGCGAUUUUUUUUUGUCCAAAAUAAGGGGGGGGCCCCUAGGACCCCAUGGCCCCUCCCCUAGAUCUGCCACUGCCUUAGAUUAUCUUGCAUUACCAUUUUUGAGGAAGAUAUCAGAGUGGAGCAGUGGAUGGUAAUACAAGUGGUUGGAGGCAGAAAGUUUCUUGGGUUGUAUAAAAUUACAUUUACCAAUUUUAGGCUGAUGAUGAUGAUGAUAAAGGCUGGCUGUUGCUAUUAAUGGUCUUUGUUACUAGAAAAAGGAUAGUGCUCCUCAAGUUAUGGAAAAUUGUCAUUCUGCACAUGGUGUGUUUUGAUUAUAUUUUGUGUAUCUUAUAUGUAUCUCUAAGUCUUUUCCUUUUUAUACCCUUGCUUACCUGUCAAUGUAAUUUCAAAACAUGAUUUUUGCUAGUUGUCAGUUUUGUUUUACUGACGUUCAGUGUUAAAGAAGAAGAAUUGAAGUAAUUGGGCCAUAUCUUCAUGUUAGUAGUAAAUAGAAAUAUAAGAUUCAUAGCAUAUGUAUCUCUAAGUCUUUUCCUUUUUUACCCUUGCUUACCUGGUUUGGGGAGAAAGAUCUAAACUACCUUAAUCCCAUUACCCCCUCACAUCAAUGACUACAGUUUCUGUACUGCUCCUUAUACACUUCCUAUGGUACUCACAAGGAAAAUUUAUGUACAAUCGCAAGCUUCUUUAGUUUGCAUUAAUUCUUCUAUUCCUAAAGACCUUAAUGUUUGAUUCAGAAGAAGUGAUCCUGUGGGGAAAAUUAGAUCCCAG